AUGGGCAUGGCCUACGAAUUUGGACCCUACCUAGUUCCCUGCUGCGCUCCGACGUUAAUACGGGAGACCAUAACUAAUGUACAGGCUCAUGUCUUCAAGUCAAAGUCUGGAGCUUGUGCCGCAUUCCUUGCAAACUAUAACCCACAAUCUUAUGCAACAGUGACAUUUGGAAAUCAGCAUUACAACUUGCCUCCUUGGUCUAUAAGCAUUCUUCCUAACUGCAGGCACACUGUUUAUAACACUGCAAGGGUUGGUUCCCAGAGCACACAGAUGAAGAUGACUCGUGUUCCUAUUCAUGGGGGUCUCUCUUGGAAAGCGUAUAAUGAAGAGACAACCACCACUGGUGACAGUUCCUUCACGGUGACUGGCCUGUUGGAGCAGAUUAAUGCAACCAGAGAUUUAUCUGACUACUUGUGGUACUCCACAGAUGUUGUGAUCAAUCCCAAUGAAGGAUUUUUGAGAAAUGGAAAGAAUCCUGUUCUUACAGUUUUGUCUGCUGGUCAUGCUUUGCAUGUUUUUAUCAACAAUCAGCUGUCAGGAACUGUAUAUGGAAGCUUAGAGUCCCCCAAGCUAACCUUUAGUGAAAGUGUGAGGCUCAGAGCUGGUGUUAACAAAAUCUCCCUUCUAAGCGUUGCAGUUGGGCUUCCGAAUGUUGGUCCACAUUUUGAAAGAUGGAAUGCUGGUGUUCUUGGCCCAAUUACAUUAAGUGGUCUCAAUGAGGGGAAAAGGGACUUGACUUGGCAGAAGUGGUCAUACAAGGUUGGUCUUAAAGGUGAAGCCUUGAAUCUUCAUUCUCUUAGUGGAAGUUCCUCUGUUGAGUGGCUUCAGGGGUACUUAGUUUCCAGAAGGCAGCCAUUGACCUGGUACAAAACUACCUUUGAUGCCCCAGCUGGAGUUGCACCACUGGCUUUAGACAUGGCCAGUAUGGGAAAAGGUCAAGUGUGGAUAAAUGGACAAAGUCUGGGCCGCUACUGGCCUGCUUACAAAGCAUCUGGUUCUUGUGGUUACUGUAACUAUGCAGGAACAUAUAACGAAAAGAAAUGCGCAAGUAACUGUGGCGAGGCUUCUCAAAGAUGGUAUCAUGUUCCUCACUCAUGGCUAAAGCCAACUGGAAAUUUAUUGGUCCUGUUUGAGGAAGUGGGCGGUGAUCCAAACGGGGUCUUUUUGGUGAGAAGGGAUAUAGAUAGUGUAUGUGCUGAUAUUUAUGAGUGGCAGCCAAAUCUUGUAAGUUAUGAGAUGCAAUCUUCUGGCAAAGUCAGAAGUCCUGUGAGACCAAAAGCACAUUUGUCAUGUGGUCCUGGACAAAAAAUCUCAUCAAUCAAGUUUGCUAGCUUUGGCACUCCUGUAGGCUCUUGUGGAAACUACCGUGAAGGAAGUUGUCAUGCUCACAAGUCAUAUGAUGCUUUCCAAAAGAAUUGUGUUGGUCAGAGCUGGUGCACAGUGACAGUGUCACCUGAAAUUUUUGGAGGAGAUCCAUGUCCAAAUGUCAUGAAGAAACUCUCAGUGGAGGCUAUCUGCACCUGAUCAUUUUCAACCUCUGAAAAUAAAUGGAAUAAGGGUUCCAUAGUGAUUUUUUCUGCAAUUGAAUACAGGGUUUCAUAUUGAUUUGGCUUUACCGAGGUGAAGUUGCAGCUGA